GGGAGCAGGACUGGGAUGGGGGACACCCCCGGUAGAGGGGGCGCCCAGAAGAGGCACCUGAGGAAGCGCGGACGGUCUGAGAAGUAUGAGCUGAGCCCAGAACGCCCCGCCAGCAUGAGCAGCCUCACCUUCCAAGAGGACCUCGAGGAGACGGGCUCAGUAUUCGCCUGGGAGGUGAAAGCCAACAGCCGAGACUACAACAGCCAGUUCAAGGAGAAGGCGUUCCUGUGGUGGCGGAGGAGGAAGUACAAGAGCAAUGCCAUCCACACCGCCAAGUACAAUGCCUUCUCCUUCUUGCCCCUGAGCCUGUAUGAGCAGCUCCACCGCGCCUCCAACCUCUACUUCCUUCUCAUCAUCGUUCUCCAGGGCUUCCCCGAGGUCUCCACGCUGCCCUGGUUCACCCUUUUUGUCCCGCUCGUCUGCCUCUUCGUCACCCGGGCCACCCGAGGCCUGCUGGACGACAUCGGGCGACACAGAAGUGACAGGACCAUCAACAACAGGCCUUGCCAGAUCCUGGUGGGGAAGAGCUUCCUGUGGAAAAAGUGGGAGAACCUGUGUGUGGGAGACGUGGUCUGUCUGCACCGAGACAGCAUCGUCCCGGCCGACUUACUCUUGCUGGCCAGCACGGAGCCCAGCAGUCUGUGCUACGUGGAGACGGCAGACAUCGACGGGGAGACCAACCUGAAGUUCCGGCAGGCCCCGCCGGUCACCCACCACAAGCUGACCAGUGUAAGGAAGAUGGCUUCGUUCCAAGGCUGUGACACCAAGAUCAUGAAGAACUGCGGCUCGACCCGCCUGAAGAGAACCAAGAUAGACCAUCUGCUGAACAGGCUGGUGGCCCUGAUCUUCCUGUCCCUGGUGCUGAUCUCUAUGGCGUUGAGCUUGGGCUUCUGGUUCAAGGUGAAGGAGUUCAAGGCCAAGCACCACUACGUGUCCCCCAGGCACGUGCAGAGCGUGGCCACCGAGACCUUCCUCACCUUCUGGGGCUUCUUCAUCCUGCUCAGCGUCAUGGUGCCCAUGGCCAUGUUCAUCAUGGUCGAGUUCAUCCACCUGGGCAACAGCUUCUUCAUCAGCUGGGACGCGCACAUGUACCACGAGCCCCGGGACGCGCCCGCGCAGGCCCGCAGCACCAGCCUCAACGACCACCUGGGUCAGGUGCAGUACGUGUUCUCGGACAAGACGGGCACGCUCACCCGGAAUGUCAUGGCCUUCAAGAAGUGCUGCAUCGGCGGCAGCGUCUACGGCCCGGAGGAGGAGGAGGACGCCCCGUGUAAGGAGAGCCCCUACCUCUGGAACAAGUUUGCCGACGGGAAGUUGCUGUUCCACAACGCGGGGCUCCUGCGGGCCGUGCGGGCCGACAGAGACGAGGCGGUGCGGGAGUUCUGGCGUCUGCUGGCGCUCUGCCACACUGUGAUGGUCCAGGAGCAGGACGAGCAGCCCCCUCCGCGGGGGCCAAGGCUGGGGAGCCCAUUGCCGGGGGAAGGGCUGGAGGAGUGUCAGGGCGGCCGAGUGGCCCACCCGUGCGGCCUGCAGUCCUUUGCCCAGGAGACCCUGCGGACCCUGUGCUUGGCCUACAAGAGGGUGGACGAGGACGCGUACGAGGAGUGGCGCCAGCGGCACCAGGAGGCCAGCCUCCUGCUGCAGAACCGGGCCCAGGCCCUGCACCAGGUCUACGAGGAGAUGGAGCAGAACCUGCAGCUGCUGGGAGCCACCGCCAUUGAGGACAGACUCCAGGACGGCGUCUGCGACACCAUCAAGUGUCUCAAGCAGGGGGACAUCAAAGUGUGGGUACUCACAGGGGAUAAGCAAGAGACCGCGGUGAACAUCGGCUUUGCCUGUCAGCUGCUAUCGGAGAACAUGCUCAUUCUGGAGGAGAAGGAGAUCCGUCGGAUCCUGGGGACCUCCUGGGAGAGCAACAACCGCCCGCGGACUGGCAAGGGCCUCCUGCAGAGCCGCCUCCCGCCACAGGUCAAGGUGGCCAUGGUCAUCAACGGGGAGUUCCUGGACCAGCUGCUGGUGUCUCUGCGCAAGGAGCCGCGGGCUCUGGUCCAGAACGUGGACGUGGACCUGGACGUGGAGGAGCCCUGGCAGGAGCCCGGCAAGCAGACGACAGACUUCCUGCGCGCCCAGAGGAUGUCCCUAAUGUGGCGGACCCUCGGGAUCCAGCCGAGUGGCACGCGGCCGGUACCGCGCGUCAAGGACUCCAAAACCCGUGAGAGCCCCGAGGUGCGGCGCGAGCGGGCCUUCGUGCAGCUGGCUUCCCAGUGCCAAGCGGUCAUCUGCUGCCGCGUGACGCCCAAGCAGAAGGCUCUGGUCGUGGCGCUGGUCAAGAAAUACCAGCGUGUGGUGACCCUGGCCAUCGGCGACGGCGCCAACGACGUCAACAUGAUCAAGAGUGCGUGGCGGGCAGCAGCUCAUCUGGAAUCCUCCCUGGGGGGUCCAGCUAGUCUGGGUGGGUCUCCUCAGGUAAGACAGGUUCUGUUUCUGGCCCUUUGGAGUCUGAAGGCUGACCACGCCCCCUCUCCCCGCCAGCCGCUGCUUGAAGGCUGGUUCCUGGCGCUCUUCAACCUGCUCUACAGCACACUCCCCGUCCUGUACAUCGGCCUCUUCGAGCAGGACGUGAGUGCCGAGCGGAGUCUGGAGCUGCCCCAGCUGUACGUCGCAGGCCAGAGGGACGAGCUCUUUAACUACCGGGUCCUUCUCCAGGCCUUUGCCCAUGGCGUGGCCACCUCCCUGGUCAACUUCUUCGUGACCCUGUGGGUCAGCCGCGACUCGGCUGGGCCCGUCAGCUUCAGUGACUAUCAGUCUUUCUCUGUGGUCGUGGCCCUGUCGGGCCUGCUGUCCAUCACCAUGGAGGUCAUACUCAUCAUCAGGUACUGGACGGUCCUGUCUGUGCUGGCCAUCUUGCUCAGCUGCUGCUCCUACGUGGUCAUAACUUGGACCUGCCAGAGUGUUGGGCUCUUCCAAAUCUCUCCUGAGACCUUCCCAUUUCUGUAUGCUGACCGCAACGUGCUGUCCCACCCCUCCAUCCUGCUGGUGCUCCUGCUGAACGUGUCAUUAACCACCCUGCCUCCGCUGGCCCUGCGUGUCCUUUACCAAGCCCUCAAGAAGCCAGGCCCCAAGGAGGUGGAGGAGCCCCCCAGCGAGAUGGUCACCGUGGAGACUGCGCCCCACCUGCUCCGGGGGUCGCGCCAGCGGCGCUCCAGCUACGCCUUCUCCCACCGCGAGGGCUACGCGGAACUCAUCACUCAGGGCACGAGUCUGCGCAGGGCGCGGGGGGCCGACAGCGACAGGCUGGUGGACCAGAUCAUCCCAUCCGACCAAGGACUGUCCCCAGGCACCAAGGAGUCCCCCCGGCACCCCAGGAAGAUGCCGUUCCUGGGGGAGAAGGGGCCCCAGCCCCGGGGCAAGGUGGUCUCGGGGGAGGAGCAGCCCGCCCCCCCGGGGAGGUCCUCCCUGGCCGUCGGGGCGCCGCCCGCGGUCCUCACAUCCUCGGCUUCCGCCUGGAGCGGCCCAUCCGGGCCGUCCUGGGAGAGCGCCCGCGCCCCUGGAGGAGAAGACGUCCCUGGGGGAGACCCCGCUGCCGUCCUGGAAGGACGCGCCGUCUAGCGGGCAGACGUUGUUCCAGUCCCGGGGGGCGGGGGGGGGGGCGGCGCCGCGUGCUAGUGAGCCCCCCCACCGCGGCGCAGCCCCCAGUCCCCAGGGCCACAGGGCCCUCCACGAGCCGGCACCCCGAGGAGGAGGGGGGAAGGGGUCCCCCGCGGGGUGGCGCCCGAGGCGGCAGGACAGCCCUCUCCGCCAGGAGCGGUGACCGGCCUCGCGUCCAGCCCGUCUGCCAGCCCGCGCGCCUUCCCCGGAAGACUAGGCUCCACAACCCUUUUGUUGUUGUUGUUGCUAAUAAACCAGGGUCCACCUUC